AUGGAACCUUCCGCAGGCAAGCCUGGUUCUCUCCGGACCUUUCUCAUACGGUUUCUCCUCUUCGGCGUUUUGGUCAUCGGUGUCCGUUUCGCUUACCUCAUCGCCGUCGCCGGCGAGUCCUGCAACAUUGGCGACUUCUGUUUUUUCUCUCUGCCUGAGGCUCUCAGCCUCGUCAUCGCUGGCACAGGUCCUCUCGCCGUCGAGUCUGUCUCCGGCGCUGGCUCGCUGCAGCCCGAGUUUUACACCAGCAAGGACUGGAUCAAUGGCGUUCGGUUCUACUCGUCCGCGUUCCAGGACCUAAUUGCCGGUGGUUACCUCUCGCCGAAGUCGAAGUCGCUGUGCGUGGAGACGCCGACCGGACGCGACGUCUUCGCUCUGAGGGAGAUCGGCGUGAAGGAUGCCGUUGGAAUCGCGCGGAAGGGGGUCAAGCCGCUUGUGAAGUUCGGCCGAGGUGAGCGGAUACCGUUCGGCAAUGGAACUUUCGAUUUCGUGUUCUCCGGCGAGGAUUCGUUCUUGCAGUCGGCGAAGCCGGCGGAGUUCGCGACGGAGAUCGGCCGGACGCUAAAAUCGGGAGGGUUCGCGGUGUUCCAUUUUGCAAACCCUAAAGAUACAUAUAGUUUCAAUUCGUUCCUUGAUUUGUUUAAUUGUUUCAGAGUAGUGAAAUUGCAUGGCUUGGAAGGCUUUGAUUCUUCGAUGCCGUAUAUACGGGAAAUUGUUUUGAAAAAAGAGUGUGGUGAUGGUGCUGGUAAAUUUGAUUUGGGUGAUUCAAAUGGAAAGUGUUAUGUUCCUGGUUAUAAGCAUGAUUUGGUUAAGAUUGCUGAGCCUUUGAUUUCGGAGGAGCCUUUGAAGCCUUGGAUUACUUUGAAAAGGAAUGUGAGGAACAUAAAGUACCUUCCUACAAUGGUUGAUAUAAGCUUUAAAAAUAGGUAUUUGUAUGUUGAUGUUGGAGCUAGAAGCUAUGGCUCUAGCAUAGGGUCGUGGUUUAGGAAGCAGUAUCCAAAGCAGAACAAGACCUUUCACGUGUAUGCAAUUGAAGCUGAUAAGACUUUUCAUCAGGAGUAUGGGUUGAAGAAGGGAAUCACUUUGGUUCCAUACGCUGCAUGGGUGAAGAACGAAACCUUGACGUUUGAGAUUCAUCGUGAUCCUGGGGAGCAUGUUGAGGUUAAAGGCAGGGGGAUGGGUAGGAUUCGGCCUUUGCAGUCUUUGGCGAAGGAGGAGUUUGAUGGCGAAGUGGAAAAGAUUCAAGGAUUCGAUUUUGCUGAAUGGUUGAAGAAGACUGUUACAAAGAACGAUUUUGUUGUGAUGAAAAUGGAUGUUGAGGGUACUGAGUUUGAUCUGAUUCCGAGGCUGUUUAAAACUGGGGCUAUAUGUUUGAUAGAUGAGAUUUUCCUUGAAUGCCAUUACAAUAGAUGGCAGAGAUGUUGUCCUGGGCAGAGGAGUUCAAAGUAUGAAAAAACAUACAAUCAAUGCUUGCAGCUCUUCAGUUCCCUCAGACAACGUGGAGUACUUGUUCAUCAGUGGUGGUAA